AUGGCCAUUGUUCACGUCGUCUCGUUCAAAUACAAGGACUCAGUCUCCGCGGAGCAGAGGCUGGAGCUGUACAACCAAUUCAACACUUUCAAGUCCGCUUGCCUGUACACCGACGGAAAGCCUUACAUUCUCGACUUCAAGAGUUCCACUGAAAACACCUCUCCUGAAAAGGCAGGCAAAGACUUCCAUCACAUCUUUAUCUCCACCUUCCCAUCGCAAAAUCACGUGAAGCACUACUUGGAGAAGGACCCGGUGCAUCUCGCUUUCGUUGUCAAAGUUAAGCCGGCGCUCGCGGACGCAUUCAUCUACGACUUUGAGAUCUAA